UCUCCGCUAGGUGCAGCAUGUAUGUGAGCGUGUGUGAGCCAGCAGAGCCGCCUGUGUGUUUACAUGUCAGCCUAUCAGUGCUGCCGGAUUUAGAGCAUCUGGAGAGGACGGAGGCAUUUUUUAAAUGCCCCACGGACGAGGGUUUCUCGCCGCUCGCACACGUCCCUCUUCCCUCCGCUUGAAUCCAGCCUGCAUUGAGUCCCGCAUCCCUGUCUCCAUGCUUUCGGAGGCAUUUUGAAUUUCCUUGGCAACAUGGAGCUGCCUGAAUUAGAAUUCUCUGCAUGACAGUCCUGGUAAGCAGUAGGAUGGUGUUGGGGGAGGCAGGAGGGCACAGCUACUUGGUGGCAUGCUGGCAGCCCAUCCUGAUCCUCAUGCUGGGCACCGUCCUUUCCGGAUCCACCACCGGUUGCCCCUCCCGAUGCGACUGCAACGGUCAGGAGCGCUCCGUCGUGUGCCACCGACGGAGACUGGCAGCUCUUCCCGAGGGCAUACCCACCGAAACAAAGCUGAUGGACCUGAGCAAGAACCGCCUGAAAACUCUGGGGCCCGAGGAGUUCAUUAAUUACCCUCAGCUGGAGGAGCUGCAGCUUAACGAGAACACGAUCUCAUCCAUUGAGCCUGGGGCUUUCGGCAACCUUAUGAACCUUCGGACUCUAGGUUUGCGCAACAACCACCUCAAGCUCAUUCAGCUGGGGGUGUUCACAGGCCUGACUAACCUCACCCAGCUGGAUAUCAGCGAGAACAAAAUUGUCAUUCUCCUCGACUAUAUGUUCCAGGAGCUGUACAACCUGAGGGCACUGGAGGUCGGUGACAAUGACCUCGUAUUCAUCUCCCCCCGAUCAUUUCAUGGCCUCAGCAACCUUGAAAGCCUCAACAUCGAGGGAUGCAAUCUGGCCUCAGUGCCCACUGAGGCCCUGAGCCAUCUGCAUAACCUGCUGUCACUUCGAUUGCGCUAUCUCAACGUCACUGUCAUGAGGGAUUACUCCUUUAAGAGGCUGUAUCGGCUCAGAGUGCUGGAGAUUUCCCAAAUGCCUGCCCUGGAUACCAUGACCGGAAAAUGCUUGUUUGGGCUCAACCUCACAUCACUGUCCAUCACAAAUUGUAAUCUUACCAUCAUCCCCUACCAAGCCAUCAGUCACCUCAGAUAUCUCCGCUUUUUGAAUCUGUCUUUCAAUCCCAUUCAUACUGUGGAAGGGAACAAACUGUUCAAUCUCCAGAAGCUUCAGGCUUUUCAUUUGGCUGGUGGGAGAUUAGCUGCCAUUGAGCCCUACUCUUUCCGAGGACUCAACCACCUCCGUGUACUCAAUGUAUCCAGCAAUAGCCUGAGCACCAUAGAGGAGUCUGUCUUCCACUCAGUGGGGAACCUGGAAACUCUGGCGUUGUAUGAAAACCCGUUGGCCUGCGACUGUCGCUUGCUCUGGGUCUUCCGCCGGCGGUGGAGGCUCAAUUUUAACAGACAACAGCCCAUGUGCACUUCACCAGAGGUUGUUCAAGGAAAAGAGUUCAAGGACUUCCCAGAUAUUCUCCCUUCUGACUAUUUCAUCUGCCAGAAAUCCAAGAUCAUGGAUUACAAGGUCCAAAAGAGCCAUGUAGAUGAAGGAACUACGGUUCAUUUCACUUGCCAAGCUGAGGGUGAUCCGGUCCCUGUGAUAAUGUGGCUUUCCCCUAAGAAGGACUACAUCACUACCAAAACUGCGGGGUCAAGACUUUCUGUGUCUACUGAAGGCACAUUGGAGGUGCGUUACGCCCAAAUCCAAGACAACGGCACCUACCUGUGCAUUGCAAGCAAUGCAGCGGGCAACGACACCAAAGCUGCUCACCUUUUUGUGCAUAGCUACUCCCCCAAUUGGCCACACCAGCCAAACAAGACGUUUGCCUUCAUUUCAAACCAGCCCAGUGACGAAGGUGCAAAUGUGACCCGGGCCUCAGUUUCAUUCCCGUUUGAUGUAAAGACCCUCAUCAUCGCAACCACCAUGGGAUUUAUCUCUUUCCUCGGAGUGGUCCUCUUCUGUCUUGUAAUAUUGUUCCUCUGGAGUCGAGGGAAACACAAUACAAAGUCAAGUAUAGAGGUUGAAUAUGUGCCCCGUAAAGAGGAACCAGAGGAGGCCAGUCCAACUGAGGCUCCCAUACAAUUCAACAUGAAAAUCAUGUGAACUUUGAAUGGAGGCCAUGUAACCGUACAAACUGCAGUCGGGAUGCAUACUAUCUUCGCUUCAAAUAUCUACUCGGUUUAUGAGCGAUAGAAAUUGCACAGCAGCAAACGCAUUUUGACACUAUACCCUCGACUUCUUUUUUUUUUUUUACUUCAGGGACUGAAUCUUUAAAAGCAAAUGUUGAAUUUAAAUAUUCAAAUUUCUGUAAAUUUGUAUUGGCAAUACUCAAUCAGUAUGUUAACAUGCACUCAACAACCAGAUUACUGUGUUUAACCAAGUUAAGGUAAAGGUUAAAAUAAAGCACAUGGAUCACAGCUGCUGGAUUUCCAGAAAUAAACAUGAUAGGCGGGAUACUGUCUGGAAAGAUGUGGAGAUCAGUCUACAAUCUUUCUAUUAGCACAACUUAAGAGAAAUAUGUUGUUGUUGGGAUUUUGAUGCCGUCUUUUGCUUUGAUUGACGUACAAAGCACAAUAACCCAGCUGCUGUUGCUUGAAAUGCUUGUUGAACAGUUAAAAGUCAUUUCUCCAUUUUAUAUUGUCCCAUCAAGUAAUUGACAGGUAUGACACAAGCAUUAGGGGUGGUAUUAGAUCAAUGAAAAAAGGAUAGUGAAUAUAGUCAUAUUUUAAGAAAAUAAAGAUGUAGUUUCCAGAAAGAAGUUAUUAAAUUACAAACAUAUACUUAAAAUGUUGAGAGAGGAGAGUAACAGUAUUAUAAGACUUAAGUAAUAGUUUUGGUGGAAAAGAUCUUAACAUUUAGAGAAAGAAGUUGUAUUAUUAUAAGAAAAUUCCAUGUUUUGAAAAAACAUAUUUUGGGAUUUUGAUUCUCUGAAAUUGAUUUUUUCUUUUUUUUUUAUUAAGAACCAGUUGGAGCAGAAGAAAAUCAGCAGAGUAGCCCGUAUCUCAUUACUUGUCAUAGAUAAGCAACUUUGUCAACUGGGCUUCAACUUUACUCCACAUCACUUUUAAUAACUGAAGUAUUUCAUAAUCUAGUAACAGUCAAAUUGAAAAUCUGUGCAUGUUAACACACUGAGUGAAAGAAAAAAAAAAAAGGCCAGUCCUACAGUAUGUGCUCCUUUCUGCCAACAAAGGAAGUUUGUCAUUAAAUGUAUUAACAUGUUCAGCUAUACAUAUUUUUCUGUAUUCUAUUCUUUCCUUGUACAUUAUGCUAUGGCACAAUAGUGACGCUUUUAAUGGCUGUGAGUUUUGAACAUAGUACAAUCUAAAGAGCAGAUUAAGAUUAAGUUGGUGUUUUUGACGUGGCUAAACCAAAAGAGAGUGUUACAGCGUUUCAGAGUGCUCCUAAAAGUCAUGAGAUUAACAAUUUGUCAUCAAGUGUAACAAAAAUAAUUUGUUUACCCAUUUGGCAGCUCAAUAAGUCUGAGCACUCUGUCCAAGUCCUGAGGUUAUAUUGUCACCGGUGCUUCUAAAAAAUGCUGACAUUAAUCAUUUUUUGCCUUAAGUAACCCAUUUUCCAGCUUUUCAGCUGAGCACUACCCAAUAUUUAUGCGUUAAAUGGAGUUUUAUGCCAUAGGGAUUUUAUGUUGUCUAAUUAAUUUCACAGUCAAGGUCUGCUCUGAGGAUAAUGUGUUCAUUAACUCUUAAAGUACUUGUUUAAAUGGGAUGGGCAGAUGGAAAUUCUAUUAAAAUAAAUAACAUUUUAUACUA